CCUUAGCCGGACAGUUCUGCAUCCGCCUUCUUUGCUAACCGUGUUGAAGGAAGUAAAGUCUGUCAAACAUGAGUUUUCACUACGGCCAGGGCUAUCCAGGAGGAAGCCACCCACCACCCAGUGCCCCAUACGGGGGGGGCAGCGGUCCCUACGGGGGACACCCCUCAGCCCCAUAUGGAGGGUCCCCACAUGGAGGGUCCCCACAUGGAGGGUCCCCACAUGGAGGAUCCCCACAUGUAGGGUCCCCACAUGGAGGGGUCCCACGUCAACCAACAGCUCCUUAUGGUGGCUAUGGUGCCCCAGCUCAAGGAGGGCAGUAUGGACAGGGACAAGGGGGUGCCCCCGCCGGGCAUUAUGGGGGUUACGGUGGACAACCGCAAGGAGGACAUUAUGGACAGCAUGCUCCUGCAGGUAACAUCCCUCCCGGUGUUGGCCAAGAGGCGUUCCAGUGGUUCCACACUGUGGACACGGACCGCAGCGGCUACAUCAAUCUGAAGGAGCUGAAGCAGGCCCUCGUCAACUCCAACUGGUCUGCUUUCAACGACGAGACCUGCCUCAUGAUGAUCAACAUGUUUGACAAGACGAGGACGGGCCGAAUGGACAUUUUUGGCUUCUCUGCACUGUGGGAAUUCAUGCAGCGGUGGAGGGGGCUCUUUCAACAAUUUGACAGAGACCGCUCAGGCUUUAUCAGUGGCACGGAGCUACACCAAGGUACCCUCGUUGGGAACCGCCUGCUCUACAGUUCUACGCCUCGUACCCGCGCCGAGCGGCGCCGCUGGUGGUUCCAGAUGUCGUCUCGGUGCUCGGGUCGGCAGAAGAGCCGGGAACGGACUGAGCCAGACGCUCCCGGUGCUCCCGCUCCGCCGCCCCCCCCGCUCGGGGAGAACAGAGGACGGCCCCCAAACUGCGAGGAGGGACGAGUGGGAGUGGGUCCUGUGGUCGUGGGAGACCGGAGGACGACAGCUUGA